GCGUAGGGGUUCAAACGGCUAAGAGGUGCCCGCCCAGCUCGCGGCCCCGCGGGAGUCCUCCAGGCUCCCGGCGUGCAUCGCGGCGAUCCCGGCGUGCAUCGCGGCGCGCGGAGCCGGCUCCCGGGCGUUCGGCGUGGAGCCGUGAGCGGCGGCGAGGCGGUCGGGAGUUAGGCGUGUGCUGGUGACCCGAGGAGAAGAGCCGGAGGCGAUAUGGAAGUGAAGGAUGCCAAUGCUGCGCUGCUCAGUAACUAUGAGGUGUUCCAGUUACUAACUGAUUUGAAAGAGCAGCGUAAAGAAAGUGGAAAGAAUAAACAUAGUUCUGGGCAACAGAACUUGAAUACUAUCACAUAUGAAACAUUAAAAUACAUAUCAAAAACACCAUGCAGGCACCAGAGUCCUGAGAUUGUGAGAGAAUUUCUGACAGCAAUGAAAAACCACAAGUUGACCAAAGCUGAAAAGCUUCAGCUGCUGAAUCACAGGCCUGUGACUGCUGUUGAGAUCCAGCUGAUGGUGGAGGAGAGUGAGGAACGGCUGACAGAGGAGCAGAUCGAAGCUCUGCUCCACACCGUCACAAGCAUCCUCCCCGCGGGGCCAGAGGCCGAGCAGCAGCAGAAUACCAGUGACGACGUGGCGAUGGAUGAGGAGGACCCCGCGUAGAAGAGCACAGCUGGCGAGUGUCUCCUGAAGUUGAAGGCCCAGCAGCCGUUUCCCAGACGUUCAGAGGAUUGUUUAUUUGAUUUUACCUUCUGUCCCAACAGGCCUCAUUUCCCGGUUAGGUGGGUAAACCACAAAAAUAAUCUUAAAAGAAAUCCUUGUGCUUCUGGGAGAACAAACAUGGUGGACUGGCUGAGAUGGUCAGGAAGAGAGCUGAAGAGAGGAGGAGUGAGUCAAAAAGGACAGUGACUGUGGAACUCUCAGCGGUAAAAAUAUUUCUUCUGUGGCCUUUGCCAUGGUUGUGGGAAGGUCUCUGUACACAGCUGGUAAAAUACUUGCCUUGGCUUUAAUGGGCUGUAUCCUAAUUAAUUUCAUCUGCUUCCCUUGGAGCUUCCCAAGCAGGGAUGCAGAGCACUGCUGGAAUGAGAGCUGACUUAGGAGAAUCCUGUUAGAUGGCUGACAACUCAUGAAGCAGCAAAUAGUUGCUCUAAGUUAAAAUGAGCCACUGAGCUUGGCUCACCUUAGAGGAAUCUUUUCCUUAAUAACAAUAGACAUAGGAAAAGAUUGGCCUAGGAACGUGGUGGUCCAGUGGCUUAAGAUUCCACACUCCCAAUGUAUGGGACCCAGGUUCCAUCCCUGGUCAGGGAACUAGAUCCCACAUGCUGCAACUCAGA